AGCAGACCCGGCAGCCGCGGCUCCUCGGCACUCCGCCCAGCACCUGCUGCCCUCGCCCGACCCCGGGCGCCGCUGCCAUGCGGCUGGCGCUGCUCUGGGCCCUGGGGCUCCUGGGGGCCGGCAGCCCUCUGCCCUCCCGGCCGCUCCCAGAUAUAGGUGGCACUGAGGAGAAGCAGGCAAGGCCAGAGAGGGCCCUGAAUGGGUCUUCGGAGCCCCAGAUCCUUCAGGACAACCUCACGCUCAGCCUAGCAGAGGUACUUCAGACCAGUCUGCCUGAGGCUUUGCGGAUCAAAUUGGAAUUGGAUGGUGAGAGUCAUAUCCUGGAGCUGCUACAGAAUAGGGAGCUAGUCUCAGGCCGCCCAACCCUGGUGUGGUACCAGCCUGAUGGCACCCGGUUGGUCAGUGAGGGACACACUCUGGAGAACUGCUGCUACCAGGGAAGAGUGCAGGGCCACGCCAACUCCUGGGUCUCUGUCUGCACCUGCUCUGGGCUCAGGGGCUUGGUGAUCCUGUCCCCAGAGAGAAGCUACUCCCUGGAGCUGGGGCCUGGGGACCUUCAGGGUCCCCCUGUUAUCUCCCGGCUCCAAGACCUCCUCCUGCCAGGCCACACUUGUGCCCUGAGCUGGCCUGCAUCUGUGCCCACUCAGGCUCCACCAGAGCACCCCCUGGGACAGCGUCACCUUCUCCAGUGGAGGCGGGACGUGGUGACAGAGACCAAGAUUGUUGAGCUGGUGAUUGUGGCUGACCAUUCCGAGGUCCUGAGGUACCGGGACUUCCAGAGCCUGCUGAACCGCACCCUGGAAGUGGCCCUCCUCCUGGACACAUUCUUCAGGCCUCUGAAUGUCCGGGUGGCGCUAGUGGGCCUGGAGGCCUGGACUCAGCGUGACCUGAUAGAGAUAAGCCAGCACCCAGGUCUCACACUAGACAGCUUCCUCCGCUGGCGCCGGACAGACCUGCUGCCUCGGUUGCCCCAUGACAGUGCCCAGCUGGUGACUGCCACGUCAUUCUCUGGGCCCAUGGUGGGCAUGGCCAUUCAGAACUCCAUCUGUUCUCCUGAAUUCUCAGGAGGUGUGAACAUGGACCACUCCACAAGCAUCCUGGGAGUCGCCUCCUCAAUAGCCCACGAGUUGGGCCACAGCCUAGGCCUGGGCCAUGACUCACCUGGGAACAGCUGCCCCUGUCCAGGUCCAGCCCCGGCCAAGAGCUGCAUCAUGGAGUCCUCGACAGACUUCCUGCCAGGCCUGAACUUCAGCAACUGCAGCCGACAGGCCCUGGAAAAAGCCCUCCUGGGUGGAAUGGGCAGCUGCCUCUUUGAACGGCUCUCCAGUCUGCCCUCGAUGGCCAGUGUCUGCGGAAAUAUGUUGGUGGAGCCCGGCGAGCAGUGUGACUGUGGCUUCCCAGAUGACUGCACUGAUCCUUGCUGUGAUUACUUCACCUGCCAGCUGAGGCCAGGGGCACAGUGUGCGUCCGAUGGACUCUGUUGUCAAAAUUGCCAGCUGCGCCCGGCUGGCUGGCAGUGCCGCUCUACCAGAGGUGACUGUGACUUGCCCGAGUUCUGCCCAGGAGACAGCUCCCAGUGUCCCCCUGAUGUCAGCCUGGGGGACGGUGAGCCGUGUGCUGGUGGACAGGCUGUGUGCAUGCAAGGACGCUGUACCUCCUACGCCCAGCAGUGCCAGGCUCUCUGGGGGCCUGGGGCCCAGCCCGCCGCACCACUUUGCCUCCUUACUGCCAACACUCGGGGGGACGCCUUUGGCAGCUGUGGGCGCAGCCCUGAUGGCAGCUAUGUGUCCUGUGCCCCUAGAGAUGCCAUUUGUGGGCAGCUCCAGUGCCAGGGAGGGAGGGCCCAGCCUCUGCUGGGCUCAACCCGAGAUCUUCACUGGGAGAUGCUGGAAGCCAACGGGACCCAGCUGAAAUUGAACUGCAGCUGGGUACACCUGGACCUGGGCAACGAUGUGGCCCAGCCCCUGCUGACUCUGCCUGGCACAGCCUGUGGCCCCGGCCUGGUGUGCAUCGACCGUCAAUGCCAACCGGUGGAGAUCCUGGGAACACAGGGAUGUCGAAGCAAAUGCCAUGGGCAUGGGGUCUGCAACAGCAACAGACACUGCCACUGUGAGGAGGGUUGGGCGCCCCCAGACUGCACCACCCGCAUCAGAGCAACCAGCUCCCUGACCACAGGGCUGCCCCUCAGCCUUCUGUUGUUGCUGGUCCUGGUGCUGCUUGGUGUCAGCUACUGGCACCGUGCCCGCCUGCGCCAGCGACUCUGCCAGCUUAAGGGACCCAGCUGCCAAUACAGGGCAGCCCAGUCUACUCCCCCCGAACGCCCAGGACCCCCGCAGAGGGCUCUGCUAAUGCCAGGUGCCAAGCAGGCUAGUGCUCUUGGCUUCCCGGCCCCUCCCUCCAGGCCGCUGCCUCCUGACCCUGUGCCCAAGAGACUCCAGGCUGAGAUGGCUGACCGACCCAAUCCCCCCACCCGCCCUCUGCCCGCUGACCCGGUGGUGAGGUACCCGAAGGUAACAGUGGGGGGAGAGAAGGGCACAGCCUCUCCCCCCACCCAGGGCUGUGGUGCUGGUAGCCUUGGCAGUGGUGCUGGUAGUAAGAUGCCCCCUGUGCCUAAGGGCACAUACCCCAGUGGCAUCUUUAAUGGUGACAGGUUUGUUUGCAGACAAAGGUGUCCUCUGGUGCCGCCCCUCAAGCUGGUGUUCCCCAGCACCAGUGUGUGGGAGGUGGGCAACAUGAUACCCCCUCCCAAGCUGGUCUCCUGCCUUCUCUCUCUCAGUCUCAGGGGCCCACCAAGCCCCCACCCCCGAGAAAACCACUGCCUACUGACCCUCAGGGCCAGCGCCCUUCGGCUGACCUGCCUGGCCCUGGAGCUGGAAUCCCGUCCCCAGUGGUACCCACCAGGCCUGCACCGCCGCCCCCAGCAGUGUCCUCGCUCUACCUCUGACCUCUCCUAAGGUUCCGCUGCCUCCAACCUGGACUUAGGAUUUCAACAGGCAGACCCGACCCCUGGAGUCCCCCGUGGUGACUGAAGGAGCUGGAACCUGGACG